ACAGGCGCACACACAAACACAAACAGAUAUACAGUGGUUACAUAUCACAAGGAGGAUAACAAAGAAGGACAAAACAAUAACAAAACCAUGAAGAAGGCCUUACUACUCCUAAACUGCAUCCUAUUAUCAAUAGGAGUCUGUGGGGCGCCAUUGACCAUGCGCCUCUACUUCGUCCACGGUGGAAAGCGUGUUUGGCUCUCAAGCUGGCUCCAAACUGCCGGUUGGCCUCUCAUCCUUAUCCCGCUUUUCAUAAUCUACCUCCGGAGCCGCAAAAACCAAUCCCCAAACUCACUCUUCCUCAUGAAACCUCCCUUAUUCUCUGCCUCCGCAGGUAUCGGCCUCAUAGCCGGCUUAGACGACUACCUCUACGCCUCCGGCGUGGCGCGGCUCCCCAUGUCCACCUCGGCACUCAUAAUUGCCUCUCAACUAGCUUUCAAUGCCGCUUUCGCGUAUUUACUGGUCAAGCAGAAGUUUACGCCCUUUUCUAUAAACGCUGUCUUUUUGUUGACUGUUGGAGCGGGGGUUUUGGUUCUGCACACGAGCAGCGAUCGUCCGGAGCAUGAAUCGAGUAAGGAGUACGUGUUGGGGUUUAUUAUGACAGUUGGGGCUGCGGCUUUGUAUGGGUUUGUGCUGCCGUUGGUGGAGUUGACGUACAAGAAGGCAAAGCAGGAGAUAAGUUACCCGCUAGUGAUGGAGUUUCAGAUGGUCAUGAGUCUAUUUGCUACUAUUUUUUGCACUGUUGGGAUGCUCGUUAACAAGGACUUCCAGGCGUUGUCAAGAGAAGCAAGAGAAUUUGGACUAGGAGAAACCAAGUACUAUGUGAUACUGGUUUGGAGUGCAAUAAUAUGUCAGUUGCACUUCUUAGGAGCUAUUGGAGUAAUAUUUUGUGCAUCGUCUUUGUUGUCUGGUAUUAUAAUAGCAGCUUUGCUUCCAGCGACAGAGAUCCUAGCAGUCAUUUUCUUCCAGGAGAAAUUUCAAGCUGAAAAGGGUGUUGCUCUUGCCCUCUCUCUUUGGGGAUUUGUUUCUUACUUCUAUGGUGAGAUUAAACAAAACAAGAAAGACAAUCACAGUGUUUCAGAGAGAGAAAUAUCCCUGCCUACCAUAUCUCCGAGUCCCACAGUUGAAAAUGUAUGACUGUAAUUAAGGAUCAGCUGUCACUUGCAUAUUGGAACAUAAAGCACAGACAAGGCCUUGAAUUUGGUUUACAUAUAUAUAAUAUUGGAAUUGUAUGAUUGUUUGUGUGCUUGCACCAAGUUGAGAGUUGAGACUGCAGGCAGUAUAUGUCAAGUAAGGUAGAGCUUCCCAGGAAAUAUACAAGGAAACACCGGUUGGUGAAAGUAGGAAUGAGUGGAGAAGUAGGUGUGGAAGUCUGAGUCUAGUAUAGUUUUGGUCCGCGAGUAAGAAGCAUAUAUAUGUGUGCGUGCAGGGGUAUGUUUCUUUUAUCUCUGUGACACACAAUUCACAAGUGUCCCGAAAUAUAACGUAUCACACAAUAAAUGAUUUAUUUUAUUGUUAGUUUUAAUGUAAA